AUGGUGUCUAACAGCAGUGUGGCUGUGGAGCUUCAGUCAGAGCUCGAGCGAAUCAUGGUCUCUGUUUUCACCGGUGUGCCGUGUGCUGCCCUGCUAACCAUUAAUGCCAUCAUUCUGUUCACCCUGAGGAGUAAACAAGUGUUUCGGGAGACGUCCCGCUAUGUUCUUCUGACUAACCUUCUUGUUGCAGACUCUCUUUUCAUGAUGAUCACUCAGAGCAUGUACCUCAUGGCUAACAGCAGAGUUUUCUUAUCAUAUCCUGUGUGUGGUAUCCUGGUCCUCUAUGGGACGCUAACAGACAGCAUCUUUCCUCUCACACUGGCUGUGAUGUCAAUAGAGAGAUAUGUGGCUGUGUGUUUUCCUCUCAGACACUCCUCCAUCGUCACCAUGAGAUCCACAGCAGCAGCCAUCGCUCUAGUGUGGGCUUUCUCUUGUGUCAAUGUUCUGAUCCGUGUUGUGCUGAUGUGUCAGUUUCCAUUUGAAGAACUGGACAGUCUGGAGAUGUCAAGGAUUUGUGACUCAUUUGUUGUUUUGACGGUUCCAGCCGCUGCUAAGUACCGCAGAGUCUACAACAUUUUUCUGUUUUCUGUGGCAGGUUUUACUCUGACCUCUACUUUUAUUGUGGUCUUGAACAAAGCCAGGUCGGCCUCAAAGGACAACAGUUUUGCCCGUAAUGCUCAGAGUACAAUGCUGUUGCACAUGAUCCAGCUGAUCCUUGGUCUCUCCUCCUCCAUUUUCUAUCCAGUGUCUGUGGCUCUGUAUGAAGUGAUGAGCUGGAUCUCUUUUGUCCGUAUGAUGAACGUCACCUAUGUGUUGGUUAUUCUUCUGCCCAGAUGUCUUAGCUCCCUCAUCUAUGGUCUCAGGGACCAGACCAUCAGACCCGUCCUCUUGCUUAAUCUCUGCUGUGGACUCAAACUAACUGGGAAAACUCGGUUCUCCCCCUAG